AUGGUCAAGCAGGAGGAUGUCGAUUGUGAAGAUCACUUCAAAGCAAAUUUCUCGCGCCUGUCAUCUGGAGAGUUUGCCGUGAAGCUGCCCAUCAAGAAAAGUUUGGAGAUCUUGGGCGACUCAUACACGCAAGCAUAUCGGCGGUUCCUCAACUUGGAGCGGAAACUUGAGCGUCGUCCGCAGCUGAAGGCUCAGUACGUAUCUUUCAUUAGGGUGGAAUCAGAACUGCUCAGUCGUUGUCGCUAUUUUCUACCGCAUCAUUGCGUGUUUAAGGAGGACAGCACGACCACCAAAUUGAGGGUCGUGUUCGUUGGAUCUGCCACAACAUCAACAGGUUUUUCGUUAAACGAGGUCCUAAUGGCGGGGCCUACUAUCCAGCCAAAGCUGCUACAUACGCUGCUUCGUUUUCGUACGUUCCUCAUUGCGCUGACUGGUGACAUUUGCAAGAUGUACAGGUGUGUCCGAGUAUCUGAGCCGGACAAUUACCUGCAGUGCAUCUUAUGGAGGGAUUCCCCUCACGAGGAUGUGAAGGCGUUCAAGCUCGACACAGUAACAUAUGGAACCAAACCGGCUUCCUAUCUUGCAAUUCGUUCCAUGCUCCAAUUGGCAGAAGAAGAGAGGACUGCAUUUCCCAUUGGCUCGGAAGUGUUGACCUCCAACUUCUAUGUCGACGAUUUGAUGACUGGAGGAGGAUCUGUAGAGGAAGUGCGCGAAAAGAUGAGGCAGACAUCCCAGUUAUUGGCUCGGGGAAGGUUCCCAAUUCGGAAAUGGUGCUCCAACGUCCCUGGCGUACUUGAGGGAAUUCCUGACAAGGAUAAGGAAACGCUGCUAAGGUUCGACGAUGGCACCGACUUCACAAAGGCUCUUGGAUUGGUAUUGACGGUGCCCAAGUUGGAGUUAUGUGGCGCUGACUUGCUUUCUCAAUUGAUCAGUGAGAUACAGAAACUUAAAUUGUUCACUGGAAGCUUCUAUUGCUGGUCGGACUCCACAACUGCCUUGUCUUGGGUGCGCCAUGACUCAUCAAGCUUUAACGUAUUCGUUGCAAAUCGGGUCUCAGCCAUUCAGGAGCGGACUGCUCAGAUGGAGUGGCACUACGUGCCCAUCGCCCAGAACCCUGCUGACAUAUUGUCCAGAGGCGCUUCGCCGUCAGAGCUUCUGGAAUCGCAUCUUUGGGCCCACGGGCCACCCUUUCUUCAAGAUGAGCAACCUCUGUGGCCAGCAGCGUCUAUUCAAUCUGCGCCAACACUGGAGUUGCGCAAGAGAGUCCUGAUUGCAGUUUGUCCAUUCGUAGACUUAUCUGACGGCCGAAAGUUCUCCAAUUCCUUCGGAAAGAUCCAGCGCACAUUUGGAUAUGUAUUCAAGUUUCUGCAGCGCAAAAGGUCGUCCGGAUUAACAGUAGCUGACAUCGUUGGUGGUACGCGGAUACUUCUUCGUUCGAUUCAGCGAGUGCAUUUGUGGCCUGACUACAAGACUCUGCGUGACGAACAGCAGGUGCAGUCGUCUAGCUCCAUCUCCUCACUCGCGCCGUUCCUGGAUGACCAUGGCUUGUUACGCGUCGGUGGGCGGUUGGAAAAUUCAUCACUUGAUUUCAACGCACGGCACCCAGUCAUUCUUCCAAGGCGUCAUCCCGUCACAUCUGCUGUAAUUGUGCAUGUCCAUGAGCAGAAUCUGCACGCUGGGCCUCGGUCAUUGCUCGCACUUAUUCGGCAUGAGUAUUGGCCGAUUGGAGGGCGCAAGACAGUGGCCAGCGUCGUAAAUCGCUGCACCAGAUGUUUUAAGGCCAAGCCGCGCCUGCUGCAGCAUAUUAUGGCCGACUUGCCGAAGGAUCGUGUGAAUGCGUCGUACGUUUUUGCAGUCACCGGUGUGGAUUUUUGUGGUCCGUUCUUUUUUAAGAGUGAGGUGCGGACCAGACCACCCAUCAAAUGCUACAUAUGCCUCUUCAUAUGCUUUGCCACCAAGGCCGUUCACUUGGAGCUUGUGCAGGAUCUAUCGACGCCAGCGUUCAUAAGCGCACUAAAGCGAUUCAUUUUAACUCGCGGUCGGCCCAGGGAAAUUUGGUCCGAUAACGCAACCAACUUUGUGGGAGCAAAGAACGAGUUGGCAGAUUUGAAGAAGCUGUUUCUGGCAGAAAGGCAUAUGAAGGAAGUUCAGGAGUUUUGCGUUGCGGAUCAUAUUGAAUGGCGGUUUAUUCCCCCUCGCUCUCCCCACUUUGGCGGACUCUGGGAGGCUGCGGUUAAAACAGCCAAGCAUCAUUUCUACCGUUCCGCUUCCAGCUCCUUGCUGUGCUUUGAUGACCUGAGAACGCUUGUGUGCCAUAUCACUGCCAUAAUAAACUCAAGGCCAUUGCUUCCCAUUUCAGAGCAUCCUGACGAUUUAGACAUGCUAACACCUGCGCAUUUCUUAGGUACUGCUCCAAUCCGUACCUUCGCGGAACCAGAUGUGACCGGACUUAACUUCAAUCGUCUUGAUCGCUGGCAGCAGGUCAACUUCCUGCAGCAGACUUUCUGGUCCCGCUGGCGAGAGGAGUACCUCACGCUUCUGCAGGAGAGGGCAAAAUGGAGGACUAAGCAGCCUAACCUCAGCGUCGGCGACGUGGUCCCUCGUACUGCUCCAAUCCGUACCUUCGCGGAACCAGAUGUGACCGGACUUAACUUCAAUCGUCUUGAUCGCUGGCAGCAGGUCAACUUCCUGCAGCAGACUUUCUGGUCCCGCUGGCGAGAGGAGCACCGCACGCUUCUGCAGGAGAGGGCAAAAUGGAGGACUAAGCAGCCUAACCUCAGCGUCGGCGACGUGGUCCUCGUAAAGAACGAGAACUUGCCUCCACUUAAGUGGCCGCUGGGAAGGGUGACGAAACUGAUCGCCGGCAGAGAUGGCGUUUCCAGGCUAAGCUACAAAGUAGCCGAGGGCCGGGCAGAAUUACCGGCAGAGGCCGGAUCAAGCGGCUUGGCACGCGGCAAAAAAGAUGCGGGCCGGGAGUCGAAAAAUGGUGUCAGAGGAUUGGCAACAACGACAACAACACAGGACCUAGCCAACGACGACGACGGAAUCCUGCCCGCUGAAGAUUUCCCCAACACGGAGGCCACCGAGAAUCAGCGAGAUAACACCAAACCAGGCGCAAGAGGACGGCUCCUCGCAGCCACGCGCCAAGAGAAGUUUGGCAACAGCGCAGCCACGCGGUCGCAGCAUCGCCACGCGCAGAUCACGCGACGUGAAAAUCGGCAACCGCGCGACCACGUUUCGCGGUCGGUCGUAGCGGCAGCGACGCCCGAAAACACAUUGGCGCACGUGUGGGAAAGAGACAGCAAGUGA